GAGAGGGGCGAAGGGGGAGUUUGGGAAAGAAUGCGAGGAAUUCAUUUCCUGUAGAACAGCUCUGAGAACGAAGGAGGAGACGAGGAGUUCGUGGAGAAGGAGCUCUAUCUCCUGCUCUCCUGCUGGAUUACUGACUCCACUCUCCUCCCAGCACCUCCCGACUCAGGAGGAGCAGGAGGAGGAGAGGGAGGUGCACGAUGGCUGAGCCCCUGCUGAAGAGGACCUUCUCCAGGCUGAGAGGCAGAGACAGAAGCCGCAGGAAGACCGACCCCAAACUGAGCGAGGCUCCAGUCCGGCCCGACAAUGUCUUCCAGUCCUCUUCCUCACCAUCGUCACCAACACUUACAGACCCCGACCCCCCAUCGCCUCCUCGAAACCAUAUCACAGUGGCGAAGAAACAGCAGUGGGCGCGUCAGGGCUCUGCAGCUCCACCCACCUUCUUGACCUCAAGCUCCACCAUCACACUCUCAGACCAGGAGAGACCCACAGGGAUAUCUCAGGAUGCAUCUGGGCAGGCCUUGAGCCAUAGGCUGGUGCAAGACAAGAUGCAGCAGUGUGCUGACAGGAUGUGCACCAGUCUGGCCUGGGAUAAGACCAGUGCGUCCUGUGUUAGCACAACAAUGCAACAGGAAUCCUACUACCCAGCAGGGGACCCCGCUGAAUCUCCCUCCACCUCCGUCAGUGCCAAGCUGUCUGGCCAGCGCGCCUACCUGCAGAGCCUGGAUCGCAGCAGCCGAGCCUGGGUGCUUUCUUCAGGAAAGACUGCAGAUGAAGUGUGCGACCCUCAGGAGGACAGUGGCAGCAACAUCUGGUACAACCCGAUCCCCGAGGAGGAGGACUUAGGAGGUCUACGCCGGGACGAGGAUGUAUGGAAGCGGAGGGCAAAAAAAGAUGAGCCUAGUGCUGGAACAGACAUUGGCGGAGGUUGUAGCAGUGCCAGUCCACUGGAGGACUUUCAGUGCUCCAGCCUCCCCAAUCCAAGUGUCAGUCACCAUAUCGAUGACAUCAAAGCAGAAAAUACAGACUCUCCUCCAGACUCUAGUCCCGCCUCCCAAAAGAAAGGGGGUGUGUCAGGAAGUAUGAUUGACAGGUUGAGGUCUCCUGGUACGGUAAGAAAACUCUCUCUAAAGAUGAAGAAACUUCCCGAGCUGCGCCGGAAACUCAGCCUCCGCUCAUCUUCUCGGGCCCAUCGGCAAACAAAUGACAAUAGAGGAAGCGGAGAGGAGUCGGCUGGUAAGAGCACGGCAUCAUUAUUGGCGCUCUCCAACCAGAACGUGAUCAGCAAGUAUCAUCUGGACAGCUCCACCUCUCCAGCCCGACCACAGCGACGGUCAUCAAGAGGAUGCUCAGCCAGUAAAGGAGGGUAUCUUAGUGACGGGGACUCCCCUGAACUACUGCCACGACAGCAGCCCUCUCAACACGUGAUCACCCAGGAUGGGCCCUGUGACGUCAGCUCAUUCCAGCUGUACGUGGGCUCCGACCCGCCGAGAUGCAGCCAACGGGUGACGGGUUUACUGACUGUCCACUUGCUGGGGCUGGAGGAGAUGAAGACCAGCAGGUCAGAGGGCAGUAAGGAAGUCUUCCUGGUGAUACAGAUUGAUGGGGUGACGAGAGCGAGGACUGCCCUCCUGAUGCUGCGAGGCUCGGCCCUCCCCUUAAACCACACUUUCCACCUGGAGCUAGAGCGAGCCAGGCAGCUCCGCAUAGUGGUAUUAACACCAGUCUGUGGACCCAAAACAACAUCUGAGCAGAGUCCCAACUCAGGUGGUCCAACUAGAAACCGGGUGUGCGGUCUGGGUGGGGUCUCCAUCCCCCCUCUCUUCAAAGGGAGUCGCUGUCAGCAGCUCUGUGUGAAGCUGGAGCCCAGAGGACUUCUCUAUAUCAAACUGUCUCUGCAGGAGAAAUGGGACACGCAGCCCAACGGCGACGCAUCCACCCCGUCCUCUGUGUUUGGGGUUGAGCUCCACCACCUGGUGGAGAAAGAGGGCUCUGCAACUCCCGUCCCCCUGCUGAUCCAGAAAACAGUGGCAGAGAUCGAACGACGGGGACUGAAGGUGGUAGGUCUUUACAGGCUCUGUGGCUCUGCUGCGGUGAAGAAGGAGCUCAGGGAUUGGUUCGAAAGGAACAGCUCAGCAGUUUGUCUAUCUGAGGACCUCUACCCUGACAUCAACGUAAUCACAGGGAUUCUAAAGGACUACCUGCGGGAGCUGCCAUCCCCCCUCAUCACUAGGACUCUGUACCAGGUGGUCCGGGAGGCCAUGACCCUACAACCCCCACCUGUCCAACCUGCAACACCUGAUCCCCAACUGUCCCAAAGGACCGUGGAGCUGCUGUCCUGUCUGCCACCUCCAGAAAGGGCCACUCUGUUGCUCCUGCUCGACCACCUCAGCCUCGUAGCAUCUUUGAGCGCCGCCAACAGGAUGACUCAUCAGAACCUCGCCGUGUGCUUCGGGCCUGUGCUCCUCACGCCAACCCAAGAUGCGUGGAGGGGGGGAGGAGGGAAGUCGGGAAGAGGAUCAACGAAGGGCUUCUAUCAUGGCGAGGAGAUGGCGAGCGCCGUGGACUUCAAACGGCACAUCGAAGCGCUGCACUACCUGCUGCAGCUGUGGCCAGUGCCGACUCAUCGAGCACCAGCCGACGCCAAUGCCUCGCCUCCUCCCUCCUCCACCCCUCACCAGAAUCCCUUGGUGCAGCAGCAGCGGCAUCCUGCGUUGCGCCUGGCUCUACCACAGAGCCCUGAAGAGGAGGUGGUGGUGUCACGGCGAGGGCGUGGCGGUGUGGCCCGGCUGGAGAGUCCACCGCCAAUCAACAGGUACGCGGGAGACUGGAGCGUUUGCGGACAAGAGUUUCUGACCGGGCAGGAUGCCGAUUACGAUGAGGUGGCAGGAAGCGAGAGCGAUGCAGGGAGUGAUGAUGAAGACGAGGAGGAGAAGAAGAGGGCAUGGCCAACAGGAGGGGGCGGAGCUCUGUACAUGGAUGACUUCCUGGACUUUGACGCUCCGUUUAACUGUCGGCUCAGCCUGAAGGACUUUGACACGCUGAUUCACGACCUGGACCGCGAGCUCGCCAAACAGAUCUGUCUGUAGAGAAGGAGGAGGAGCAGGAGGAGGAGCAGGAGCAGGAGGAGGAGGAAGAUCUGACCUCAUUAAAUUUCAGAUCAGCUGAGUUUUAAAGUGUUUGUCUCUGAUGGUUUGAGUUUGUGCUUAAAUGAAACUACAAUGAAGUUUGUGUGGGAAAGCAGAUCAGCUGUUAGCUUGACCUCUGACCUUUUACUCCAUACCUGUUUUCAGCAAUGAGAACAGAAUAACUUUUCAUAGCAACAGGGAUGAACAUUAAUGAUCGCUCAAAGUUCAGAGUUCAUCAAAGAAACUUUCUAUAACUUUUUCAGUGAAUUAUAAUUAACGUUGAAUUAUUUAACGUAAUGAAAAAAAACACCUGACGUGUUUAUUUUCGGACUUUUAAAAAAGAGAGAAGAGUCAUUUUACUCUGCAACACAUU